AUGAUCAAGACAGUCAGCACCAUCAGGUAUACCACUAGUAGUAGCCCAAUAUCUACCUGGGUAUCUCUGUUUCUCGCACUGGUGGUGUCCCUCUCGUUCUUGUUUUCGGGUGCCAAUGCAUGGCCCACGGGAGCUGGUGACUGUCCAGCCGGCAUUGUGGCAGUGGGAGAUCCUCAUUUGACGGGUGAUGUCACGAGUGGUACACUGGAAGAAUCGCCUCAAACAUUGCGGGUACUUUUGAACAAUGCCGUUUUGGGGGACAAGCCAGCCGCGGUAUUGGCGGGAAGGGCAUUUUCACUCGAGUUGGUGGGCAACACGGGUACCUUUAAGGGGUUCUUGAUCCGAUUGGGAAGCAAUGGUGACAAUGAGAAUGACUUGUCGACAUCGCUGUAUCCAGAAACAGACGAUGAUGAUUCCAACGUCCAAACCGCACAAGAUGUCUGUGGCGAUCAAGCGGGCGGAAUCACGCACACUUCCAGUGUCGAAAAGGAAUCCAUCCAGGCAUUCCUGCAAGUGCCGCCAACUAUGGCAGGAGAAUUGACGCUGGAUGUGACAGUCGUCAUUGGACUGGCGGGGAGUGGAGGAGACUCGGAAUACUACUUUUCCACGUAUUCCAUCACUGCCGUAGCAGGAGCACCCAUCCCAUCGCCUGCGCCCACUCCUGCCUCCAAAAAGACCUGUCUCAUGGUCUACCAAAUGGCCGACAAUGAAGAAAUGCAUCCAUAUCUAGUACACAACUACCAAGCAUUGGCCAAGUCACCACUGGUACGCGCCACGGACCAGGUUCGCACGUGGAUAUACCACGAUGCCUAUAACAAUGCCGGUGGACAAAUCCUUCCCGACACAUUCGACGUGAAUGGCACGGAACUUGUCACUGACCCAUUCAAUGCCAGUCGCUACAGUACAUUUGAUCCCCGCUUGGGCAGUAUGCGCAUGGAUGUCGAAUUUCAAAACGAACAAAAUUCCGAUGACACCAACACCAUCCGAGACUUUUUGGUGCAUGCUUUGGAAAAUUGCCUCGCCAAUGGAUACGACCAGUUGGUGGCCAUUUUCGCGGGAUCUGCCGGUGGCUUUGCGGGCUUUGGUGGCGAUGCUAAUACACGUCGUCUUCAACAAUUGCAAACCAAUCCGCAACUGGCACAGGCCAUUCGUCGGGCUUUGGAUAGUGUUUCGAGAGAACUCUUUCUCAAUGUCCGACUCAAUCUACAGGUGCUCGGGUUUGAUAGUAAUAGCAUGCAGGGGCUUGGUGUGGCCGAUGCCUAUCCCGAAGUGACGGAUUAUAUCCUGGCCAGUGAAUCCAUCAUGCCAGGGCAUGGAUGGGCGUACGAGAACCUGCAGCCACACGACAAUGCACUGGAUCUUGCUAGAGACAUCCUUGGCGCCUUUCUGAAUCAUGACGAACAAUCCGUGCCCAAAACGAUGGCAUUGUUCGACACGCAGUUGUUUGACACGUUCGUCACAGCCUGGGAGAACCUCUUUUUGGACCUUGGUGCUGCCCUGGAAAACUUGGAUUCCAAUUUGCGCGCUCACGUGUCCAGAGCGAGAGCUUUGUCGGUGGCCUUUCUUGGUGUCAUGGACUCGUUGGACGUGGCAGCCAAUCCUUCCAGCUUGGACAUUGGAAGCUUCUUGUCCACAUUUAGAACCAUGUGCAAUCCACAGGAAUCCUUGGAUAUUCUGUUGCAAGAGGCAUUGGAUGCCUACUCCGACAUGUUUGUAGAACAAGGAGUUGGUCUAGGCACAGCACCGGGGACUGGGAUGCACGUCACGUGGCCCUCCGAAGGAGACUACAACGCCGACACACAGUUAUGGAGACAAGUCCUGUUCCAAGAUGGCAACUACGUCAACUACAGAGCACCCAUCUUUGUGAGCUUUCUACAAGAACUAUUUGCACCGCCUGCGGGAGACUUGUCCAGCUCUAAUAAUAGCACGGAAAGUGUGUGUUUCAAUUCGGUAGAGCCACCGAUGACUGGCAAUGGUUCGUCAUUGGUCUUGGACGAUUCCAUCACAAUCGACAACGCUACGGGACACGUGGAACUCCAAGCCACAGUGGCUGUCGACGUAGCCGAAGUGAUUGUGGAGUUUGGCGUGGAUGUCUCAAGUGCCACUCGCCUGGUCUUGCAAGAAGCUGGUCUGGAGUCUAGUCCAACCGAUUACAUGAUUGCCAUGGGUGGAAACGUUCCUGGGAGCUUCGAGAAUGCCAUUUAUAAAGCGGCAUGGGACAAGAGCUUUUAUUACAUCAGUGUAGGAGACGAGCCAGUGAAACCAAUCUACGUUCACAAGGAAGGAGGCGGAUCGCGAGUACCAGUAAUGCAUUUCCCCGAAGAGACAAGCGAUGCCGUAGCGAGCAUCGAACUUGAUAAGUGGCUGCUUUUCGACCUGGAUUAUUGGCUUUCACAAGGAGGGCGCUUUGGUAACUUGAUCUUAUCCUUGGACGACGUGACGGGUACGAUCGACGACAUUGCUUUGUACACUAGCAAUCCUGCAGGUUCCGCUACUUGGGCGCAAGUACCAAAGGAAGCUGGAGGACUGAUUGUCCCGCUACUCUACGUCGAUGGCAAGUUGCAGGGUAGUAGGAUCAAUGUCCUACCAGGAGGACUGGAUCAGACUGUGCUGAGCUGGGGUCCUGAUCUUGACUACAAAAUCUCCCAACAAAAUGCCACUGAGGUCUUCGAUUCCAAUCCUCACUUCAAUGGAGUUGUCCUGAAUCUCAAUGCUUAUAGCUCUGGCGACUCGACGGGGUCACCGGAAUCGAUAUCGUAUGGCAUCAUGAGUCGCGAGAUUGAUGAAGCAUUGGAAGUAGAAGCCACCGAAAUGCCAACGAUGCUGGGUUCAGUAUCCACGACGGGGUUGUAUGGCACCACGCCCCCCUUGGAUGAGGAUGUGACGUCGGCGCCAAUGACAGCAACUGCAAUCCCAACGGAGCUUCCGUUGGAGGAUUCGACAGUGGUGCCAUUCACUUCAACUUUGGAUCCAUCAGAUUCUCCCUUGGACGAUUCGACGUCGGUGCCAUUGACUUCAACUGAGUAUCCAUCGAUAACUCCAACAGGUACCAUGGAGUCACCUUCCCUCUCUCCCGCUGGUGACACGAUUGUCGGGAGGGGAGGAAACCCUGACACACCCGGGGAUCAAGGCGAGGAUGAAGACGAGGUCAGAUAG